UUCCAGGUGCGUUGCUCAGCAUGGUGUUAAGGCAAUCCAAACGUGGACAUAGCGCUCAGAGAGUGAUUGCAGUAUUUUCUGACACCCGAGGGAUCCUCAAGUGUACAGAGAAGAAAAUAUGAACUGGUUAUGUCUCUUUCAUUUUGUCUUUCAUUGCUGACUCCGGGAAACUGGAUAAGGCAUUCACAAAACUUCUGUCGAGAAGCAGAUGAGUAGUGCUGUUUGCUGCAUGUCUUCAGGCUUCCGUGAAAAAUGUCCUUUUGCAGCCUUAACUAUAAGUUAUAAAGGCACUCCUGCAUCCGUGCGAUAGGAAGUAAGGGUAUGUGAGUACUUAACGUGGGAGCUAAUCCUCAGCUUUUGCCUCACCUAUCACUUGGGUUCUGCUUCACCUAGUUGCACACCUUAGACUUCUGCUUCCUAAGUCACAAACUAAUGAAUGCUGAAAUAAGUGGUGAUCUGUAGACCGACGACCCAGUACAGUACCCAUUUGUUUGGUGCUGUGACCAGUAGUAGCUAACUGGUAUUGGGGUGUACUCCUGUCUUCACCCCGUACUGAGGAACGCCUUCACCUGCCGUAAUGGAUUUUAUCCAGGUGCGCUUCUGGUUGACAGCGGGAUUUACUUACUGCUUCUUGCAAACUGUAUCAGGUUCUGUUCCAGAAUGUUCAAUAAUGGAGAGAAUUGAGAAGGAUAGGGAUGAAUGCCUGAACUUGUUAGAUACAGAAAACCAGACUUACGCCUGUAGCCGAAUGUGGGACAAUGUUAGCUGUUGGGAGCCUGCAGAUGUUGGCACCAUUGUAGUAAAACCAUGCCCUAUAUUUAUCACCAUUUUAUCAGGAACAGAUGGAAAUGUUUCAAGAAACUGCACAGAUAAGGGCUGGUCAGAUAUGUAUCCCCCCAGUUACUUAUUUGCCUGUGAAUAUCAUCUCAACAGCACUGAAACUGAGGAGAAAGGACUGUAUGAUUCCGUGAAGAUUGGCUACACUGUUGGACACAGUUUGUCUCUCAUUUCACUUACUGUGGCGAUGAUCAUUCUGUGCCUCUUCAGAAAGCUACAUUGUACUCGAAAUUAUAUCCAUAUGCACCUUUUCAUGUCAUUCAUCUUGAGGGCAAUAGCGGUAUUCGUAAAAGACGUUGUUCUCUAUGAAAGGGGAGAGUCGGAUCACUGCUCUAUGGGCUCAGCUGGCUGUAAAGCUGCAAUGGUCUUCUUUCAAUACUGCAUCAUGGCCAACUUCUUCUGGCUCCUAGUAGAAGGAUUGUAUCUUCACACAUUGCUAGUAAUUUCCUUUUUCUCUGAAAGGAAGUAUUUUUGGUGGUACAUCUUGAUAGGAUGGGGUGCCCCUUCAUUGUUCACCACAGCGUGGGCUGUAACAAAGCAUUAUAAAGAAGAUGUGAGCUGUUGGGACAUCAUCGUGUCUGAAUACUGGUGGAUCAUCCGAGCUCCUGUCCUGGUUUCUAUUCUGGUGAACUUUGUGCUGUUUAUAUGUAUAAUACGUAUCUUAGUCCAAAAGCUACAUUCACCAGAUGUCGGAAGAAGUGAAUCAAGCCAUUAUUUGAGAUUGGCUAAGUCUACUUUGUUGCUGAUUCCCCUUUUUGGUGUCCAUUACAUCAUGUUUGCCUUUUUCCCAGAUAAUUUUAAAGUACACGUGAGGCUUAUUUUUGAGCUUAUACUCGGAUCUUUUCAGGGUUUCUUUGUGGCUGUCCUUUACUGCUUUCUUAAUGGUGAGGUUCAAGGAGAGAUAAAGAGAAAGUGGAGACGGUGGCACCUGGAACGAUUUCUGGGGUCAGAUAUGAAAUAUCAUCACCCCUCCCAAGGAAGCAAUGGCACCAACUUUAGUACCCAAAUUUCCAUGCUUACAAAAUGUAGUCCAAAAACAAGACGGUCAUCAAACUGUCCUGGAGAGUCAUCAGUGGUGUAAAGCUUAAGCCGUUCUAUGUGAUGGCCUCCAUUCCCAAGGGUCAAACAGCUAAAGCACUUUGACAGUUAUUUCUCAUGAAAGAAUGAGCCAACCAAACUGUGAACCCACAGUAUGGAAAUGAUAGAAAAGAAAUUCUCAAAAUAGUUAACAAAGCUAAUUGUUGCUAUUUUUGUGUCCAGGAUUACAUUAAACAUUGUGCACAUUACAUGAAGCCAAAUCUUUAACUGCAUUUAUACUAAAUGCAGUUAUUUUUUCAGGACCUUGAAACGUGUAUAUAAAUUACAUUGGUGGUUUUAACAAGGUAUUUGAUUAAGUCCUUUCAAUGUGAGAUCACAGACUGCAAAAAAUCUCUUAACUAUGCUUUCAAAUGAGGGAAAAAUGUAAUGACCCACUAAAAUGGAUUUCUGACACAUGUCUUGGGUCAUUAAACUGGCUGUGAAGUUGAAGCCAAUUUGUUCUGAUAAGCAGCGAGUGUAUUUUUAUAGUCUGAUGCUUAUUAUGAUAAAAUAUAAUGAAGCAGAAACUAAAUAAUUAGCUCCUUGUGAAUUUAUACCGUAUGGACUUCUGGGCACAGAGAAGGACAUGUUAACAAAAUGCUCUCAAACAAAAAGUAACGUUACCAACUGGAAGAGAAGCUUUGUCAACCAUGUUUGUUGUGAACAUAUUUAAAGAUCAAUCACAUUCCUCUUUUUUAGCAGAGUUAAUGUAGCUGUGCUUCAGUUAUAUUUUUAGUAAGGAUAAGUUAUGUUAAGGGAUUCCGCUAGUUUUAGUUAUUUUAUUUAUUUAUUUAGAUGUUACUAACUAGGGAACGUUUGUUUAGAUGCCGUUUCUGAUCAUACUGAUGUAUAGGCUAUAAACAACAGCAGCCACCCACCUGAUUUGCAUAAAAAUGUAUAAAAUGUAACUAUUUAUAAUUAGGUAUUCAGCACAUACCACUUAGCAGCAUCAUAGAUAUUAAA